AUGGGGGCAUGCAGCCGCCUGAGGCCCCGCUCUGCUCACCCCGGCCUUUCUCGGGCCCUCUGCCACUCCCUGGCCCCCGCCGUGGUGGCUAAGCUGAGCCCCCCCAAGGCGCAGCCCUUUGAGGCCAUCCCACGCAACGGACACAACGCCUGGCUCAACCUCUUCCAGUUCUGGAGGACCAACGCCUUUCAGAACCUCCAUCACGUCAUGGACAGGAACUUCCAGAACCUGGGACCCAUCUAUAGGGAAACGGUGGGCAGCCAUGACAGCGUCAACGUCUUCCUACCACAGGAUGCCGCCCAGCUUUUCCAGACGGAGGGGAUUUUUCCACGCCGGAUGGGCAUAGACUCGUGGCUAGCUCACCGCACCUUGAGGAACCACAAAUGUGGCGUCUUCCUAUUGAACGGGGAAGAGUGGCGCUCGGACCGGCUGACCCUCAACAAGGAAGUGAUCAGCCCUGCCAGCACCCGCAAGUUCCUGCCCUUCCUCAACACGGUGGCCGAGGACUUUGUGGCUUUCAUGCACCGGCAGGUCAGGAAGAACACCCGGGGCUCUCUGACCGUGGACCUCUACCACGAUCUCUUCCGCUUCACACUGGAAGGUACGGCCAGGCCUCUCGAGACGGCCCCCUCCCAGCAUGCCCACCUCUGCGUGCUCCCCACUCCGCCCCAUCUCCGUGUAUUGGGGGCACCUCUGGAGGUCUGGAAGGUCUUCUUCUCGUGGCUUCCUCUGAAAGGCCUGGGUCUCGGGUGCUUCUCACUCUUUGGGUUGUUUCUUCCAGCUGACAAAUGCAUCCAGAACAUCUACCAGGAGUUCUGCCUGGGGAAGCCCCGCAAAUAUUCGGGGAUCAUGGCGGAGUUGCUGGUCCAGGCUGAGCUGCCUCUUGACUCCAUCAAGGCCAACGUCACCGAGUUAACAGCCGGGGGUGUGGACACGACAGCCAUGCCCCUGCUCUUCACCCUCUUUGAGCUGGCCCGCAACCCCCAGGUCCAGACGGCCAUUCGGGAGGAGAUCAGGGGAGCCCAGGCCCAGGGCUCCAAGGAGCUCUCCAAGGUGCUGAACGCCAUGCCGCUGCUCAAGGGGGCCAUUAAGGAGACGCUGAGGCUCUACCCGGUGGGCAUCACCAUCCAGCGCUACCCUCUGAGAGAUGUGGUGCUCCAGAAUUACUGCGUGCCAGCUGGGACUCUGUGCCAGGUGGGGCUCUACUCCAUGGGCCGGAGCCCGGCGGUGUUUGCGGACCCCGAGCAGUACAAGCCCACCCGCUGGCUGAGUAAAGAGGACCACAGCUUCAAGGCCCUGGCCUUCGGCUUCGGCUCGCGCCAGUGCAUCGGCCGGAGGCUGGCGGAGGCCGAAAUGGCGCUCUUCCUCAUGCACAUCCUGAGGAACUUCAAGAUUGACACCGUCUCCAAGGAGGACAUCCGGACCAUCUACAGCUUCAUUCUGAAGCCGGAGAAACCCCCUCGACUCACCUUCCGCCCCAUUGACUAG